AUGGUAAUGCAUGUUCAAGAACAAUCAAGAAAAUUUAUGAAACCCUCCAUUCCAACUCCAAAAUCCCUUCGGCGCCUCAAGAUAGGCUUCAUCGACGAAUUUGCUCCAAUUAUGAAUGUUAACGUUGUACUCUUUUUCUCCGAUAGCAUGCCAUACUCUGCAUCCCAGCUAGAAACAUCACUUCAAAAAGCCUUGACACGAUUCAACCCGCUUGCUGGUAGAUACGAUAAAGAAAAUCACAUUGUUGACUGUAAUGACCAAGGAGCUGAAUUUAUACGAGCAAAAGCUAGCAUCAAACUUCAAGAUCUUCUUGAUAAAAAUAAUAAGGUUAAGCUCGUUGAUGAACUCAUUCGAUCCAGAGGUGGGGCCACUGAUCUUGUUACCGACCCGAUUCUUUCUAUCCAAGUGACCACAUUCGUGUGUGGAGGUGUAGCACUUGGGAUAAGCAUUUCACAUAGGAUUGCUGAUGCAUCUACUCUUAGUACAUUCUUGAUUGAAUGGGCUAGUAUUAGUCGAGAAGAAAAAGAAGUUGAAUUCCAUAAUGGGCCGGGUUUUAUCUCAUCCUCAUUGUUUCCUGCUCUUGGAAUAGCUCCCCUUGAGUUAGGAAUUCCUACAAUGAUAUACGAGGAUGGGAUGAGCCCGAAUGUCACGCUAAAACUUUCAUUCAACAACAGAGUUAUAUCAAGAUUGAAAGAAAACGCCAUUCUCAAUGGUGGAAUUGGUUCCCCUAAAUGGUCCAAGGUACAGCUGGUGACGUCGGUUAUAUUAAAAGGGCUCAUUGGUGUUGAUAGAGAAAUUUAUGGUUAUCCAAGAGAUUGCACUCUCCUUCAGCCGAUAAACCUAAGGGGGAAAACUGCGUCCGUUAUACGAAAAGAUUCUUGUGGAAACAUUUGGGGGAUAUUACAUACAGAAUUCAAGACUGCUGAUACAAUACAAGAAUUAGCUGAAGUAUUAAGAGACUCCAUAAAAAAUGAGGUUAAGAACUAUUCCAAGGUACACCUUGAUACUGAGGAAGGAGAGACAAUGGUUUUGAAUUCGUUCGCACAAAUGGCUGAUAUUUCUCCCAAGACAAACCUAAUAUGGAUAACUAGCUGGUGCCACUUUCCUUUCUAUGAAGCUGAUUUUGGUUUUGGAAAGCCCGUAUGGGCAAACGGUGGUAGCAUAGGUGUCAGGAAUUUAGCAUAUCUGAUGGAUGAUGUCGAAGGUAAUGGAGUUGAAGCAUAUGUUGGUUUGGAAUCUAAAGACAUCCCUUCUUUUGAAGAAGCUCUCGACAUCAAAGCUCUUCUUGCUUAA